AUUUAAAGUUCUUAUUAGUAAAGCCUUUGCAUGGUGGUGUUCUUUGUUCGUUCCCUAACUCUUUCCCUAAAGUUUCAGUGGUAUAAACAUGGUUCACAGACAAAGAAAGGGCAGUAAAUAAUCUAAGCAUCGUCCUAAAGUCCUCUUUUGGAGGCAGGGCAAAAGCCCAAGUUUUUUGGCUAACAUUUAUGCAUAAUUUUGCUGGGCCCAUACACAAUGGAAGGACUUCAUAACCUAGAGAGAUAUUAAUUAGUUUCCCUUCUUCAGGGUGUGAGGGCCCUUUAAGGUUCCAGGGAGAAGGCAUAUGUAUGGAGUCAUUGGUUAAUACGAUUGGCCCUCUCUCCGCCCAUUCUAUGACCUGAAGUAAAGGGGGGUUGAGUCUGUAAGCCCAGUAAGUGUGAUUAAUAAGUUCAGCUCAAGCAAGGGGGCGAGUUGGGGGGAGGAGGCGAAAGCAAGCCGGGCAACAAAAAUAUUUUCAGGACUCCGAGGCAUUCUCUGUUGAGAAAUCAGAUUUUCAGCUUGAUUAGUAAGGGUUUUUCUUUGUACCCAAGAGGGGAGAUCAUAAGGUUGAUGCCGCCAAGGGCGGUGCUUUCUGGAGAUCUUUAGAGCCGCCAUGGCCCAUAUUGGAAUUUCUUCCUCCUGGGGUGGUUGUUGUCUGACCUCUAUCUUGACGGCCAGGGGGGCCCCCUUGGGUCGGAUGUUCCGAAGAGGAAGUCGUGUGAGUUCAUUGGAUCCGUCUGGGGAAAUACAAGCAUACCCCUUUCCCUGUAAGAUUAAUUUCCCAGAUUUCCAUUGUCUAUUCAGCCUGUCUUGGUACCAAAUGGGCAGAGGAGGAGAAGAGUCCUUCAAUUCCUCAAAAUGUUCUUCUGCUCUUGUCAAGAUAGCACCUUGCGAACUGUGAAGACUCAUGAAUGAAGAAGCCCAGAAGAGGAAAGAACAGGAGUCAGGCAUGGCUCUCUCUCAGGCACAGUUGACCUUCAAGGAUGUGUUCAUAGACUUCACUCCUGAGGAGUGGGAGUGCCUGGACCCUGCCCAGAGAACCUUGUACAAUGAUGUGAUGGUGGAGCCCCUCAGGAGCCUGCUGUCUGUGGGGCUGGAUUCUACACCUGCCAAUGCAGGAGACCCGGGUUCGAUCAUUGGUCUGAGAAGAUCCCACAUGUCACAGAGCAGCUACGCCUGUGUGCCCGAACUACGAGCCAGCACUCUAGAGCCUGGAAGCUGCAACUGCUGAGCCCACAUGGGACGACCACGGAAGCCCGUGCGCCCAGGAGAAGCCGCAGCAAGUGAGGAGCACGAGCACUGCAACUGCAGCCCAGCCGCUACUUGCUGAACUUGGAGAGAAACCAAGGAGCAGCGAACAGUCCCCCGAGACGAAAGGAAUGAAUUCACCAAUGUAUUAAAAAUAACAGAUACGUUUAUUAAAAAAGGAGAGGUUGGACUCUGGAAGAAGCCACAGUAUGUGGCAUUACUUGUGAGUAGGAAGUUCUGUUUCUGAUCUGAACGUUAUCUCCAUUCUUGUGGCACAAGGAGGAAGACCCCUGGAUUGUGGAGAAGGAGGUGCUAAUAGCGAAAAUCCAGAUGAGUGGGAAAGUAUCAACAGUGUGAUCACAGGUCAGCUGUCACAAGGACAGAGAGGAAGCCGCACCAUCCAUGGGGUUUGGGAAACUCUCCAAGGGGGAGAGUUCUGUGAGAAAACAGAUGUUUAAUG